AUGGUGAUGAUGUCCGGACUAGCUGCUGCCUACAGCGUAACAACGACCGGCACCGCGCCGUUAUCAGGCUGGAAGACACGGGCACCACCGCCGCGAGUCGCUUUCCAGCGGCGGCGGCGUACGAGUAUGACCACGGCCACGGCCACGUGCAUGCCCCGCGAGGCGAUGACGGCGCCGGAGAAGGCCGACGUGCUGCGGUCGCUGGGCGGGUGGGCGGAGUCGAACCUGCUGCCGCUGCUGAAGCCGGUGGACCGGUCGUGGCAGCCGCACGACCUGCUGCCGGACUCGGCGUCGCCGGGGUUCCGCGAGGAGGUGGACGAGCUGCGGGCGCGCUCGCGGGAGAUCCCCGACGACUACUACGUCUGCCUGGUGGGCAACAUGGUGACGGAGGAGGCCCUUCCCACGUACCACGCCGCCCUCAACAGCUUCGUCGGCUACGACAGCCCCUCCAGCGCCGACGCCUGGGCGCGCUGGUCCCGCGGCUGGACCGCCGAGGAGAACCGCCACGGCGACCUCCUGAACCGCUACCUCUACCUGUGCGGCCGCGUCGACAUGCGCCGCGUGGAGCAGACCAUCCACCACCUCAUCAACGCCGGGAUGCGCCUCGCCGUCGACAAGUGCCCCUACCGGGGCUUCAUCUACACGGCGUUCCAGGAGCGCGCCACCGCCAUCUCGCACGGGAACACGGCGGCGCGCGCCAAGGCGCUGGGCGACGCCAGCCUGGCCAGGAUCUGCGGCGCCAUCGCUGGCGACGAGAAGCGGCACGAGGCGGCCUACACCCGGGUGGUGGACGAGCUGUUCGCGCGGACGCCCGACGCCGCCGUGCGCGCGCUCGAGUACAUGAUGAGGGAGAGGAUCCUGAUGCCGGCCUACUACAUGUUCGACGGGAAGGACCCGGAGCUGUUCCACCACUACGCCGACGUCGCGCAGAGGCUCGGCGUCUACACCACCGCCGACUACGCCGACCUCGUCGAGUUCUUCGUCGACAGGUGGGGCGUCGCGGAGCUCGGCCCCGGCCUCACCGGCGAGGGGAGGCAGGCGCAGGACUACCUCUGCCGGUUGCCGGAGAGGGUGCGCAAGAUGGCCGAGCUGGACGCGCGACGGAGACAGCAGCCCCAGCCUCGUCAGGCCCCCUUCUCCUGGGUGUUCGACAGGCAGGUGGAGCUGCAGGCCUGA